AUGUCUUCUUCCCUGUUCCAUCCCACGUUGGGUGCGACCCUUCACGGCGUGUCUCGAGGAGAGCAUGUUCGGCAGUUCAGGAGCCUUCAAUAUGGAACCAUUCCAUACAGAUUCGCCAACCCGGAACCCCCGCCGACACUUUCGGGGGAGGUCGACUGCACCGACUACGGUCCGCGAUGCCCUCAGAAUCACGUCGACUUUCGUCACUUACUUCGCAUCCCUCAAGAUGAGGAGAUCCCCGCGCAGGACGAAGACGAGUUUAGAUGCUUGAACCUUGAAGUCACCUCACCUGCUCUGAAAACACUCCCAGAGCGACCGUGCCCUGUUCUCAUGUGGAUCCAUGGGGGCUCCCAAGCUGUGUCCUUUGGAACGAGCGCCUCGGGGCUUUGUGAUCCAACUGGGCUCGUUCAGAGGUCCAUCGACAUGGCCGAACCCAUCAUCGCCGUCACCAUCAACUACAGGCUGAACAUGUUUGCAUUUGGCGACUGCGCCAGUGAGAGGAAUCUGGCCUUGAGAGAUCAACAGCGGGCUUUGGAGUUUGUCAAGACACAUAUAUCUGGCUUUGGUGGCGAUCCCGAAAAUAUCACCAUUGCUGGUGAAAGUGCCGGGGCCGUCUACUGCCACGCCCAUCUACUCAUGGGCAGUCCAGCCCGUCAGUGCAUCUUACAGUCGGGAACUCUACAUCUCUCGCCGCCUCAGCCAAGAAAAACCGCGGAAAUUCUUAUAGCCAGGGUGAGCGAUGAGCUAUCACGCCUCGGAAAUUGGACACUCCGUGAUGCGCCCGUGUCCAAGAUGCUGGAGGCCCAGGAAAGAUUGAGUUUGGGGUCAUUCUACCUCCAGAUGGAGGGAAAGCUCGAGGGCUGGGAAGAGAGAAUCGGGGACCACUUCCAACGUGUCUUGAUCGGCGACACAGAAUACGAGUCGGUUCUAUGGCGGAACGGAAUUGAGUCGUUGUCCCCAGAGUACAUUUGUGAUGCAUUCGACUCUGCCGGAGAAGCCGCCUCAGCCUUGAAGAAGCAAUACGGCAUCGUCCCCGACCGACCUGUUUCAUGCAAGCUCGGAGCGUUGGACUUGCUCGACGACGCACGAUUCAGCCUACCCAUUGACGUAUUCGUGAAACGAUGCCAACAAGCCAAAAAGCCCUCGUUCCGUUUCCUUGUCGACCAGCCAAAUCCGUGGCAAGCUUCUAGUCGCGCCCACCACGGCGUUGACCUCCUAUAUCUGUUCGACACAUAUGACUUGUCUCACAAUCAUCCCGCGAAAGAAAUCGUGCGCUCCAUGCAAGAGAAAUGGAUUCAGUUUAUUCGUGGUAAAGACCCUUGGAAGCCUGGAGAAGCUUUUGCUUUUGGGCCAUUUGGAGAAAGUCGACUUCUGAGUCCUCAAGGCCUCAAUGCGCGGAGGAGACAGCAGCAUGUGACAGCUCUAGCCGCUCUUGGGUCGCAAAAGGUUAACGAGAUUGUCGCAAGAUUGGCGACCGGGAGAUCGAGUCUAUUAAAUUAA